AUGAAGUCUGGCGAGAAAUUUGCCCAAAAUUUGAAGGAGUUUUGUAAAAGAAUGGAAAUCGCCGGAGAUUCCGAAUCGUUAUCAAAACUCGCGCAUAAACAGCUUGCGCAGAUAGCCGAGAUGCGACAAUCGUUCGAGGCACCAGUUGAUACGAUGGGAUGUCAUUGCUUGCACGAUUCGAACGCCGAUAUUCAGGAUCAACACUUUCAAACGCUUGUCGGCGGAGUGCUGUCACCGCAAACAAAAGAUGAGAUCACAGCAGCGGCCAUGAAAAGAUUUGUAAGCAAAGGAUGUACGAUAAAGGAUGUUUGCAAUCAAACAACUGAUGAGAUCGAAGAGUUGAUCAAGCCAGUCGGAUUCUAUAAGCGAAAAGCUGUCUUCGUCAAAAAGGCGGCCGAGCUCCUCAAAAGCGACUACAACUACGUGUUGCCAAACUCGGUAAAGGAGCUGUGCAAAUUUCCUGGUGUUGGCCCGAAGAUUGCAAAUAUGGUUGUGCAAAUCGCUUACGAUAAUACGGAAGGCGUCGUUGUUGAUACACAUGUUGAGAGGAUAUCGAAAAGACUCGGAUGGGCUAACGAGACUGACAAAGCGACAGAUGUUGCGAUAAAAGUGCAGGAUAUUUUCUCGAGAGACCUAUGGCCAGGGAUCAAUCGUGUGCUCGUUGGUUUUGGCCAAAAGAUUUGCAAGGCGCCGAAGCCCGACUGUGAUGCGUGUGCUUGCAGUCAUUUGUGUCCAUCAGCGAAUAAGAAAGCUACAAACACAGUGAAAACGAUUUCUCCGAUUGACAUUGAGGAUUGCCCUGAUCUCCGCAUGGAAAACGGAACGAUUGUCCCGAUCGUCCCAAAGCCUAACCGUAAACGAAAAUCAUCGGAUUCCUCGGAAAAUAUCGGAUUUCUGGAC